ACUGAGGGUCCUGAGGCAGGAUCCAUCCCACUGCUGACAGACCUUAGAACCAAUGGGAACAGCCAGGAGGGGCCCCUGGGAUGCAUGUCAUACUCCUCUCCAGACACAGAGCAGGCACAGGGCAGCACUUGGUCAUGGUGUGCUCUGGGCUGGGUCUCACACAAGGCUGCAUUCAUCUGGAACUGGGGCGGGGGGACAGGGCCAGCACUGUCACCUAAGCCGGGCACAGGUUAUCCUUGCUCUUGUGUAACCUGUUGCAUAAAGCUAGCGUGGGCAGGAGUGCUGUCAGAAGUGGGGGCUAUAAAGUGGGUGCAGCCUCUCCUGCCCACAUCCACUCCAGGGUGAGGAUGACAGCAGCACUGCCCAGCCUGGCUCUGGCCCUGCUCUGCCUGCUGCAGGUAGGAGCCCAGGUCCCUGUGCAGCCGAACUUGGACACCAAGAAGUUUGCAGGGGUGUGGUAUGUCACAGCCGUUGCUUCCAACUGCUCCAUCUUCCUGAAGAUCAAGGAUGGGAUAAAGUCAUCCAUGGCCAUCAUCAGCUUCAUGCCAGAAGGGGACCUGGCUAUGAAGUUGGUCUGGCCCCUGAUGGACAAAUGCCAAAAGUUUGAGCUGCUCUUCCAGCAGAGCGGGCAGGCGGGGCACUACAUGGGAGCACAAGAGAAGAGGAAUCUGCGUGUGAUGGAGACAGACUACAGUCAUUAUGCUGUCCUGUACGAGGUCCAGCACAGUGAGGCAGAGCCCAGCACGGCGCUGCAGCUCCUCACAAGGGAGCAGGACGUGAGCCCCCAGCCCCUGCAGAAGUUCAUGGAGCUCAUCCCCAUCAUGGGCCUGACCGAGGACAUGCUGGCCAUCCUGCCCAAGUCAGAUCAAUGCACCAGGGACAUCAGCUGAAGGACCUAGGUCCCCCAGACCUAGUGGACGAUGGGCUCUGCACCCCACUCCGUGGUGCUCCUUCCCAUCCUGCAGGCUCUGCCAGACCCCCUGCUCCGUACCAGGAUCACCCUCAACCUCCUAAAUAAAUAAAUGCAGAAGCUG